UACCAUUGAGUAGAGUAGAUUCAAAGAAAUUCAUUUAUUGUUCAUUAUUGAAGGAGACGGUCAUUGAGUUGCACAUAUUGGUGUCAAAGUGUUAAUAAACAUAAUAAUAAAUAAUAAUAAAAAAGCAGUAAAUAUAUAAAUAUAAAAAGAAGUAAAGAGAACAAUGGCUCGUACUAAGCAGACUGCACGUAAAUCUACAGGUGGAAAAGCUCCACGCAAGCAACUUGCCACAAAGGCAGCUCGUAAGUCCGCCCCCUCAACUGGAGGCGUAAAGAAACCUCAUCGUUAUCGCCCGGGAACAGUGGCUUUGCGCGAAAUUCGCCGUUAUCAGAAAUCGACUGAAUUGCUUAUUCGCAAAUUACCAUUUCAACGAUUGGUUCGUGAAAUCGCUCAAGAUUUCAAAACUGAUUUGCGUUUCCAAUCAGCUGCCAUUGGAGCUUUACAGGAGGCAUCUGAGGCAUAUCUCGUGGGCCUUUUCGAGGAUACUAACUUAUGCGCAAUUCAUGCCAAACGCGUAACUAUUAUGCCGAAGGACAUUCAAUUGGCUCGUCGAAUCCGAGGAGAGCGCGCUUAAGCUGCUAUACAGUUCUAAUUUAUAAUUAUUAAAAUAUACUUACCAUUUUUUUUAAUUAUAUAAUAAAAAAUAAUAAAUAUGUAAUACACUUAAGAUUUUCCCCAAACUGCUAUAACGGUAUUCUGUUUAUUUGCAGUUAUUGAUUAAAUAUACUUCACAAAUACUUUCGUAGUAUUUCUAAUAAAUAAGUAUUAUGUAAUUUCAAUAUAUUUAUGUAUAAGAAGUAAAUUGUUUUAUGUUUGUAUGCCCUGUAACGCUGUAUUCUCGAAACACAUCACACGAUUAGCUCUUUUAUUAUAACACUAAUACAUUACACUUUUCGGCAAACUGUUAUUUUUUAUUCCUCGUUUUCGUAAACGUUAUCCAUUUUAAAAUAUGAUAUUCUCGCAACUUAUGUAUGUAUUUAACGGUUGUAUUUCAACCGGGGAAAACAUUUAAAGUAACAAAUGGUAAAAGCACUUAGUUCUAUAUAUUAUUACAGAUGAAUUCCAGUUAAAUAGUAGUUUGUAUACAAAACAUAAAAAAAAUAAAAAAACGGUUUAAGCCACAAAGCCACAAAUUGAAAAUCUUA